AAAAGCCUAACACUAUACUAGCUGUAUUUAAGAAAGAUCAGCAAUACUUAAGUCAGAUGUCCAUAUUUCAUAUCGUUAGUUAAAAUUUUUAUAGCUCAGCAGGAUUAUUUCAUUUGGUUUGGGUGAACAUGUUUAAAAGCCUAAAAUUAUACUAUAUUAGCCACCAUACCGCAUUACUAAACUCCAUAAGCUUUCACUGUAAUACUGUAUGAUACUUUUGUCUUCUAUGGUUAUAUUUCUGAGGAUACAUGUGGUGGAGACAUUGAUGUUAUCACACUGUUAUUACUAUGUAUAUGUGUGUUUUUUCUGGGGGUACGCGGGGGGCUCCCGUUUGGACACUUAAUGCAAUACGGAUACACAGUGGGACAUGUUUCCACCGCUUCUAUUCAAAUGCUUGAUCUGUUGCCAACUUCUCCCUAGUGGUCAGCAGUGAGGACACGGGGGCGAUGCAAAUAUGAUAUACUUUGCUCUUAGCAAGGAGAAAUAAGAUUUAGCAAACGCUUAAAAUAUCGUUGAGGACAGGUAUACGUCAAUAUAAUGGAAGCCAUCUUCAUACACACAAACAUACUGAGGAAUGAUAAGUCAUGUUAACAUUUGUUAAGUAUGGUCAUUCAUAACAUUCAUUCACGUGACCUGCCCCGGGAUUGGCCACUCAAAGGACACGUGAUCCCACAGACGGAGUAACGGCUGAAGAACGCCGACUACAACACCGAGUGAUACAAUCAAAAGUCUAAGUUCAUCAUGGCAGGUAUUCCAGCAGUCCCCCCAGGCUUGGAAAAUCUUCUUCAGAUCAAUGAAGUUCACGUUAAACAGACAAGGCAAAGUGCAUUCCAAACCAGAUGUACCUAUGAUGUAUUCACCUCUGAUGGAUGUCUGAUUUACCGUGCAGAGCAGGAAAUAGAGUGCUGUGGACCACGGUUUAACCUGCAAGUCCAAAAUCUUCAGGGUUAUAAUGUUAUGAAUCUUCUUCUGCCCAACUCAUGCUGGGGGAUACAGCUUCAGGUCUUCGGGCCCCCUGGCAUGCUUCUCGGAUACAUAGAUAAAGAAUGGGCAAGCUUCAACUCAUCAUUCAACAUCCUAACAGCUUUAGGUCAACCAUCAAUCAAAGUGAAAGGACCAGGCUGGGGAGGAGCAUUCAUGUCAGACGUUCACUUCCAGGUUAUGACUCUUGAUGGAUCUGCACCCCUGGGUGUCAUCACUCGUGUGUGGAGAGGUGUCAGAAAAGAAUUUUUCAGCGUUAAUGACAAUUAUAAAGUCCAAUUCCCAGGUGAUCUUGAUGUGAAAGUUAAAGCCCUUCUGAUUGCCUGCACUUUUUUUAUUAUUUUAAAAAAGCACAAAAGACGCAAGAUACGACAAUACAAAAGGAAAAAGAAAGAGAAAAAAAAACAACCCCCCCAGCAAAUUUCCCCUCCUAUCCCUGCCUAUAUCAGGUAUAACCAGUAGCCUUUUAGUACCAUA